CUCGUCUGUGCCCCAGAGCAGAUACACGGGCAGCAGCAGCACGAGACGGGACCACUUCAUCCACCGACAGGCAUCGGGCCAUGGCCGGUCUGCUGCUGCUUCGCAGAGCGGCUCAUGGAACAUCCUGGUCUUGGGGCACGGCACUGGGGCCCGGCCCGUCCGUCCCUCUGGUGCGCUGGCUUUGACAAGCAGCACCACCUAAGGUACCCUUGGCUGGACGAGACGUGCUAAACUCGACCGGGUUGGAUCAAUCAAUCCAUGGCGACGCUGCUGCCGCGAAGCUAAUGCCUAACUUAGUACCUGCACCUGCCUUAGCAAACUAAAUUGCCCGUCCCGCGCCAACGCCGCCCCGUCCCGCUUCAUGUUCCGUCCUUCGCAUAUCGACUACAAAGUCCCUCGUCCUCGUCUUCGCCCUCGUCCUCAUCCUCGUCCCCGUUCCGUCUCCCGCCUCAAUCCCCCCCGACAGCACCCGCUGCUCGCUCGUGCAACAAAGCCCACGGCAGGCGCCUCGGAUGGUUCGCGAUCUACAAUAAGAGCGGCAGGCGUGCGCCGCUCUAUCAACAGGAUGCAUCCCGCCAUGCGGCAAGGCUUGAGCCCUUUCAGACCGCUUCCUGCGCUCCCCAUUCGCGCGCCUCGCCCGCAGUCUCAGGCUCGCCCGCUGCCGUGCCGCUGGCUGACCACCAGUAGCAGCAACGGCACGAACAGAGGCUCGGCCUGCAACCACUUCGUCGACAGCGGCAAAGUCGAACCAACGAGCUCGCCCCCGUCGCGGCUGCCCGGCUCGAAGCCCUUCCGCCUCGCCGUCAAGGACAACAUCGCGGCGGCAGGAUUCCCCACGCAAUGCGCCUCGCGCAUCUUGCUGGGCCAUGCCUCGCCCUUCGAGGCCACCAUCGUCCGCCAGCUGCGCGCCCGCGGCGCUGACGUGGUCGGCAAGACCAACAUGGACGAGUUUGGGAUGGGCUCCCACUCGACCAACUCUAUCCACGGCCCUGUGCACAACCCGCUCUCGCCCGACGGCGAGCCCCUCUCCGCCGGCGGUAGCUCCGGUGGCAGCGCCGUUGCCGUUUUGCUGGGGGACGCCGACUUGGCUCUCGGCACGGACACGGGCGGCUCCGUGAGGCUCCCGGCUUCGUACACGGGCACCGUGGGAUACCGGCCCAGCUACGGCAUGAUAUCGCGGUACGGCGUCUUCCCCUAUGCCAACUCGCUCGACACGGUCGGCUUCAUAGCCAGGGAUGUGCAGCCCAUGCUCGACCUGCUGGUCAAGACGAAGCUCGACGAGGAGCACGACCCCCAAGACCCGACGUCGCUGUCUGUGGCCACCCGCCGACGCUGCGCCACGGCCUGCCCGCCAACGCUGCAGGACAACGCGCAGCUCACCGUGGGGAUACCUCUCGAAUACAACAUUGCCGAGCUGGACCCCGUCAUACGCCGGUCGUGGGUCGCGGCUGCGUCUGCCCUUGAGGCGCAGGGCGUUAAGAUCGUACCCGUCUCUCUCCCGUCCACCAAGGAGGCGCUCUGCGCGUACUACGUCAUCGCCGUCGCCGAGGCGUCGUCCAACUUGGCCAAGUACGACGGUGUGCGAUACGGCGUGCGCGCGCCGGGCAGCGACGCCGCCGGCGAUACGCUCUACUCGGAGACCCGCGGCAGUGGCUUCGGUGACGAGGUCAAGCGGCGCAUUCUGCUAGGCACCUAUACCCUCAGCUCCAAGGCCAUGGACAACUACUUCAUCCAGGCGCAAAAGGUGCGGCGGCUCAUCCGUCGCGACUUCGAUCGCGUCUUCCGGCUCGCCAACCCGCUGCAGGACCCCGAACAGUUCGACCUGAGCGACAUGGCCGAGGCCACGGGCCUCGAGGACAAGCGCGGCCCCCCGCAGGUCGACUUCCUCCUGUCCCCGACGACGCCCUCGUUCGCGCCCAAGCUGCGCGACGUGCUCGAGAACAGCAGCACCGACGCCUACAUGAACGACGUCUUCACCGUUCCGGCGAGCCUGGCGGGGCUGCCGGCCAUGAGCUUGCCGGCGCGGACAAAGGAGAGCCACCUACCCGUAGGGUUGCAGCUCAUCGCCCAGUUCUGGGACGAUAAGCGCCUCCUAGCCAUGGCGGAGCGCCUCAAGGAGCUAGUGUACCGAUCGGCCGGGGAAAGGGGGGGUCUUGGUACGUAGUACGAAUGAUAGAGUGGCGGAGAUAGCGCAUGGGUGUAUAAGAAGAGGCGGAUGGUGGUCGCAUAUAGAGAGGUGGGCUUCACGAAGACACGACGCAUAUUGGCGCGGAGCGGGCCCUCAACAUCAUCAUAAUUCAGUUCAACACGCAUUCAGGAAGCCGGCCCGCAUUGGUUCUUGCACGUGCACUCUGGUCUUGAUGUUGUGGCUUCUGAUCUAAUAUAGUAGCUACAUGACAACUUCCAGACUGCAGCGCAGAUUGCUGCAUUUCUGCAGCCUUGAGUCGGCACUACGGCGGCCCUGCGCGAGGUGCUCGACCGUGUGAUGACAUG